AACAUGGCCACCAUGGACGGGGAACGAUUACCAAAGAGUGUGAUUCCGAGAGCUUGUCACAAUUGCCGGUUACGCAAGACCCGAUGUAAUCGGCGAUUUCCUUGCUCCAACUGCGUCACCUCCCAUCUGGUCUGCCAGCCUGUGGGUACAUCAUCUGCCACAUCAUCUGCCACAAGGCAGCUUUCGCCGAAUGAAAAGUCCCCCAGUGAGGAACAGUUCCAAAAUCUCCAUGAAAGACUCUGUGCCGUCGAAGAGGCACUCAGGAUCCAGUCGAGCCAACCCACCAGUGGUAGCAACUCAAGACACUACGUUGAACCACAUGCUAUCCGAGUCAGCAGCCAUCCUGCUCCACAGAGUUCAAUAGGAUACCGCACUCCAUCUUUCGAGGGAGUAUCAUCAUUUGGGCAGCAGACGCUGCUUGCCUGUCAGGUUUCAGAACUGACAUCGAAUGACGCCGAACGCUCACCCUCUAUAAUGGAAGAGGUUACCACCCUUAGAGCUAUUUUGCAGAACUCAGACUCGACGCCAAAGCCCCCAAGGAUGCCUCGUGAGCCUUCGAAUCAUAAACAUACACGGAUGGAGUUGCCUCCGUCUAGUUUUAUCCUUCAGGUGCUUGGUACUCUCAAAGAGACUCGAUCUUUGCUUUUCUUGUUCUACGCAGUUCAAGAUCUGUGGCAGGUCGAGGAGCUAUGCCGGCGCAUUUACUUUCCUUUGGAGCCGCUUUCAGCGAGUGAACUAACGCUUUUCAAUGGGAUGUUCUUUGUCAUUCUUGGCGAUUUGAUGAACCAAACGCAUGACGGCCUAGAUGACGAAGAAGUCAAAAAGUUCCAUAGUAUCUGUCACGAGAAUUUUCAGUCUGGAUAUGAAACAUAUGAGGUGGUAACAGGGCCAACAUAUCAACACACUUUGAUACUCUCGAUCGCGUUCAUCAAUGCCCAAAUGGAAGGGAAUCUAGCUCUUCAUGCUAGUUUAACAGCCAUUGCUGCGAGACACUGCCUCGCUCUAGGUUACCAUCGCGAAGAGAGGAUAGCGCACCUACCUCCAAUAGAGGCUCAGAGGGCGAGGCGUCUAUUCUGGAGCAUCUUCAUUUUCGACAAGACCCUAUCUUUACGCCUGGGAAGAGCUCCAAUAAUUCAGGAUUAUGACGUUGACGUGAAGCAGUGCGGCUUUUCCCAGGACCCCGGGGAUUUGCCAUGGGACCAAGCCUUCGCUGCUUUCAUCGAAUUUUCAUGCCUACAAGCUCAGAUUUACCAACUGCUUUAUUCCCCUUCCUCGAAUACACUUGACACAACAAAGCGACAGAUGUUGAUUGAUGACCUAAAGAUAAGCUUGAGUCGUUGGCAUGAUGGCUGGAAACAGAUCGAUGCCUCCAAUGCACAUCGCAAAGACAUCCUCUCUUCUAUCUUGGAACCGAGCGAGGUUGCCUACUAUUCAGUCCUUACUAUCCUUUACCGGGGUGCGAAAUUAUCCAAUUCAGUCCAGGAUAUCAUACCAGAUUGCUUCGACGCUGCUCGAGAGGGCUUACGAGCCCACCUGGCUCGCUGGCCGCACACGAUAUCUGCAGGAAUGUCCGCCACGUCCCUCUAUGGUAUCUGGAUUCUUCUCCACUCAUCGUUCACGCCUUUUGUCGUCGCCUUUUUGCAUUGCAUCAAAAAUGCAGAUACCAGCGACCUUGGGUUGCUGAAGGACGUUCUUGACACUAUCGAACAGCUUAGCUUGACCCGCGACACUCUGAAGCGACAGUUUGAUCUUUGCAAGGUUCUGUACCGCAUUGCAGAAAUAUUUAUCAACGAUCGACUUUCAACUGGUCAGAGAGCUACAUUAUUGGACAGCACGAUAGCUCUCCCUCUGCAGCCCGGAUUUUUGGAAAGCUGGGACUACUUAGAUCCCAAUCUACCACUACCCAACUAUUCAGCAAGUUCAGCUGUAUUUUACAUAUAA